UUAAACAAGACUUGUAAACCAAAAACACAGGGAGGCAGAGGCAGAGGCAAAAUAUUUGUUUUGCUCUGUUUCUUAGAACACUAUAGGGCAGGGCAGGGGGAGUUUCUCAGAAAAAAGCAACUACUGUUAGGCGUUUCUUUUUGUCAGAUCUCUUCCAACCGCAGCGUACAAAGUUUCCUUUUAAAGAUAAGAGUGAUGGAUGGAUAGAUUGAUAGAGAUACAUUCUUUUGCAUGCUGGGUUAUCAUUUUUGUCAACGGAUUUUGAUGCAGUGCACAGCCAAUUCUUAGGAAAACCAGCUUUUUAGAGAAGGAUAUCUCAUAUUUAGUUGGUACAGGAGGGCAAUUAAUGUGUUGCCAAAUUUCCAUCGUUGUUUCUAUAAGAAUCUGCAAUGUAUAGUAGAAUAGUAACCACUCUCAAGGGAAAGCUGUGACAGCCGUUUUUAGAUUACAGUACUUUACUCGGUGUAUUCUCACUCUUAAAGGCAUAAAACGAGAGAAGCACCUGUGUCUUUGGCAAAAGGAGUUAAAGAAGUGCCAGCUUUGCAGAACUGUCGCACAUUUGUCCGAAAAAGGCCCCUUAAUUUCUCUGUCUCCAAAUUAUAAAUCCGAGAGACAUCUCCGAGGACUUCAAAACCAACUACCAUCACAACUGUUUAAGAUCUGUAGAGGAGCAUUGAAGGAAAAUGUCCAGUCAGAAACAAGGAGAGGAAGCUAUGGUCUCUAGCUUCAAUGACACUGAGCAUGAAGAGAAAGAGGAAGUAAGCAGGGAUGAAUCCGGUUUUAGGCUUAAAAGCCUUCUUUGGCAUGGAGGGUCAGUGUAUGAUGCCUGGUUUAGCUGUGCUUCAAAUCAGGUUGCUCAGGUUCUGUUAACACUGCCAUACUCUUUCUCUCAAAUGGGGAUGCUUUCAGGCAUAAUUUUGCAGAUAUUUUAUGGUUUUCUUGGAAGUUGGACUGCUUACCUUAUCAGUGUUCUCUAUGUUGAAUACCGAAGCAGAAAGGAGAAAGAGAAUGUCAACUUCAAGAACCAUGUUAUACAGUGGUUUGAAGUGCUAGAUGGAUUACUGGGUCCAACUUGGAAAGCUGUUGGGUUGGCCUUUAACUGCACUUUUCUCCUGUUUGGUUCUGUCAUACAGCUUAUAGCCUGUGCAAGCAAUAUCUACUACAUAGAUGACAAAUUUGACAAGCGGACAUGGACUUAUAUUUUUGGAGCUUGCUGUGCGACCACAGUGUUCAUUCCUUCGUUUCACAACUACAGAAUUUGGUCAUUUCUUGGGCUUGGAAUGACUACCUACACAGCUUGGUAUAUGACUAUUGCAUCUCUUGUUCACGGCCAGGUUGAUGGGGUAGCUCACUCGGGCCCAGCAAAGGCUGUUCUAUAUUUUACUGGAGCCACCAAUAUCCUCUACACUUUUGGUGGGCAUGCUGUCACUGUGGAAAUUAUGCACGCCAUGUGGAAGCCUCAAAGGUUCAAGUACAUUUAUCUACUCGCUACCCUUUAUGUGUUCACUUUAACGCUUCCAUCUGCUGCUGCGACCUACUGGGCCUUUGGAGAUCAACUCCUCACACAUUCAAAUGCUUUCUCCCUGCUACCCCGCACCGGAUGGCGUGAUGCUGCUGUUAUCCUUAUGCUUAUCCAUCAGUUUAUAACAUUCGGAUUCGCUUGUACACCGUUGUAUUUUGUGUGGGAGAAAGUGAUCGGUAUGCAUGAUACAAAGAGCAUAUUGUUAAGGGCAAUAUGCCGGUUACCUGUGGUCAUACCUAUAUGGUUCUUCGCAAUUAUAUUUCCUUUCUUUGGACCAAUUAACUCAGCUGUGGGGGCUCUUCUGGUCACCUUCACCGUCUACAUCAUCCCUGCUUUAGCUCAUAUGCUCACUUACCGAUCUGCCUCAGCUCGACAGAAUGCAGUUGAGAAACCUCCUGUCUUCCUCCCAAGCUGGACAGCCAUGUACGUAUUGAAUGCAUUUAUAGUGGUAUGGGUACUUGUGGUUGGCUUUGGACUGGGAGGGUGGGCUAGUAUGUCCAAUUUCAUCAAGCAAGUUGACACAUUUGGCCUUUUCGCCAAGUGCUACCAGUGUCCACCCUCGGCUGCUGCAAAAAAACAUUAAGUUUGGGAUUCCCCGAGUUAAUAAACCUUCUUAUAGCAUUUUAAAUUGUCUCUCUCAUGUAUUAUACACACUACACAGGGGCUGGCAGUAGCAUCUCCCCUGCCUUGUGUUUUGCAUAAGCCCUUCUAUAAAUAGUAGCCUAUUUGCGAAUAGUGAUGUUUGCUUGCUAUAGUAUAUGAUCAUGUA